UUAACCCACAUUGACGCAUCAGGGUCCGCGUCCAUGGUAGAUGUAUCCCAGAAGACAGUGACCGUGCGGGAAGCUCAGGCCUCGUGUGUGGUAUCCCUUGGGGAGACCUUCCACUUGGUGGCCUCCAACGCUCUGGCCAAGGGGGACGUGCUCAAGGUGGCUCAGCUGGCUGGGAUUUGCGGCGCCAAGGCCACCGCCAACCUCAUACCCCUGUGCCAUAGCAUACCUAUCAGCAAGGUGGAUGUGCAGCUAGAGCUGGACGCCACUGCGCGCGCGGUCGUGGUACGCGGGCUGGCGCGCACGGACGGCAAGACUGGCGUUGAGAUGGAGGCGUUGACGGCGGUGUCCGUGGCUGCGUUGACGGUGUACGACAUGUGCAAGGCGGCGGCGAAGGACCUGGUGAUUGGGCAGCUCCAGCUAGAUUAUAAGAGCGGCGGCCGUAGCGGGACGUAUUUCCGUGCUGGGUUGCGGCGGUCUGACCUCUUGCCCUCGGCCAGGCCGCCAUUGUAG